AGCAGUUCUAUGUCACAUACUCUCGUUCCUUCCCACAAAAUACAGUUUCAGGACCAGCAUUUUAUCCACAAGAUGGAAGAACAUAUGGGCUUCUGUUCCCAAUCUAGACAUCUGUGAUGAAGCCACGUCUGACAAAACUGGAUUUAUGGCAUUUGUUGAUCGAGUAAUGUUCUCUCCUCACUCUAACAUUCGAAAAUUCCGUCUUCAUUGUUCGUCUGUUGACGAUUAUGCUCGUAUUGAAACUUGGGUCUGCAGUGCCAUCCAACGUAAUGCUGUUGAAGUUGAUCUUUGUGUUGAAUCAUCUAGAGGGCAUAUUUUUGAGUUGCCUUGGCCGCUUAUAGUCUCGAAAACACUAGAAAUUUUGAAGUUGGACUCAAAUUAUGAAAUUAAUCUUCCUCUCUCAGGGAGUUUCCCCAGUCUCAGGUGCCUCCACAUUACAGUUGAUUCUCCAGAUAGUGAUGCUAUGGGAACACUCAUUUCCUACUGCCCUGUGCUUGAACAUCUGACUGUAGAUGGAACUCUUGGAAAUUGGGUUAAUAGUGUCACUGUCUCGGCGCCUAUACUAAAGAGUCUAAAAAUUAGAUUGAGGAGCACUACAGAUGUUCUGCAUGAUGCGCACAACUUCUUGAUUAAUGCCCCAAAGCUUGAAUACCUUGAUAUCGAGGAAGAUAUUUUGUCAAAUUAUACAUUGAGGAAUGCAAAAUCACUGGUGAAAGCCAAUGCUCGUGCCAUUGACUAUUCUACCAUUAGAGGUCGUGACUUUCUUGACCGUGUAACUGCGCUUAUGUCGACAGUUUCCAAAAUCAAAUAUCUGUCUCUUUCAGCUAUGUACUUGGAGGAUCUUUGUCUGCCGACUUUUGGUAAUUUGAGCCACUUGAAGCUGGUCACUAACUAUUGCAAUUACUGGGAAGUGCCAGACUUGCUUGAGAGAAUUCCUAAAUUGGAAUAUCUCUUCUUAGAAUAUAAAGUGAUAAUUAUAGGUGGAGAUUUAGAGCACCAAAGGAUAGCAACAGAGUCUGCGCCUAAUUGCUUGACGUCACACCUCAAAAGCAUAUCCAUAAGAGGAUUGAAGGGUGAGCCCAAUGAUCUGGAAAUGUUGAAAUAUUUGUUGAGGAAUGGUGAAGUUCUGGAGAAGAUGACUAUUUAUGCUGGUGGUCUUCUGUGUACAAAAGAGGAGUUAAACAAGGAAGUUUCUAUGUUUAAAAGGAGUUCAGAGACUUGUGAAGUUGAAUACAUCUGAGAUGGAUCAUAUGAUUGUAAGCAUCGAUCUGCUAUCAAUG